UGUGCCUGACGUGCUGCUCCCGGGACGCCAUGGUGCGCAUCGACCAGCUGUGCCGCCAGAGCGGCGUCAAGUUCUUCGCCGGCGACGUCUUCGGCUACCACGGCUACGCGUUCGCCGACCUGGGCGAGCACGAGUUUGUGGAGGAGAAAACCAAGGUGGCCAAAGGGAGCCCGGCAGUGGAAGACGGGCCGGACACCAAGAAAGCCAAACUGGAGCCGGCGGAGACGACCAUGGUGAAAAAGCGCGCCGGUUUCUGCCCGCUCAAGGAGGCCCUGGCCGUGGAGUGGAGCGGCGAGAAGGCCCGGGCCGCGCUCCGGCGCACCGCUCCCGAUUAUUUCCUGCUCCAAGUGCUGCUGAAAUUCCGYACGGAUAAAGGGCGGGAUCCUUCGCCGCAGAGCUACGGCGAGGACUCCAAGCUGCUGCUCCAGAUCCGCGGCGACGUCCUGGACGCGCUCGGUGUCGGCACCGACCUCCUGCCCGACGACUUCCCCAGCUACUGCUUCUCCGAGAUGGCUCCCGUGUGCGCCGUGGUCGGCGGCGUCCUGGGCCAGGAGGUGGUGAAGGCGCUUUCCCAGCGGGAUCCCCCCCACAACAACUUCUUCUUCUUCGACGGCAUCAAAGGCAACGGAGUCGUGGAGCGCCUGGGCGCCAAGUGAGGCGGAGGGGCUCCCGCCGGCGCUCCGCAUCCCGGCGCUUCCCGGCGCUCCGCAUCCUGGCGCUCCGCGGGGCGCCCGCGACUCGGCGGCCUCUGCUUCCGGACCCGUUUUGGAGGAUGUUUAAUAAAAAACACUCCCCUUUCCA